UUUGUUAUCAACCCCAUUACACUCUUUAUCUUUACAAACCCAUCCCAUUCCUUUUUAAUGAAAUCCGUCCGUUUCUCUUUAAUGAACCGAAAGUUCGAUGAUCAAUAUACAUUUGAUCUUCAAGGCUAUUUAUCAGUCCAAGAUUUCUGUUCAUCAUUUAACCUACUUAACCAAUCCGUGUAUAGCCACCCACCACCUGGAAAUAAGAUUAUGUGGAUCAUUGCUAUAUGGAUUCUUUGGAUGGUUGUUAUUUUCGGUAACUACAUACUCUGGAUCCGUACCCGAUGGUCUUGCGGGCUUGUUGUUUUACCAUUUUUUAUGAUACUAUCUACGCUAUUGUUCAUGUGGAGACAUCGCGUGCUUCGUCAAAGAUUUGAGCUCGCUAUUCUCAGUAUUUGCAAUCGCAUCAAUGCAACUGAAAAUAUUAGAGGCAUUAAUUACCGGUUCAGCAAAAAUGGAUCCGAUUUAUCCGACGUAUAUAAACAAGUGAACAUUACAUCCAACUCCAACUUGAAUUCGGUUUAUUCUAUCUUAAUUGAAUUCGAUGAUCGCUAUAAUGCACUUUCUAGUCAACAAUUCAAUCGCUAUCCAUCUGUUGACUUUGUGACCGUACCACUUUAUGCUCAUAUUAAUGAGAAGCCAACUGCAGCUUCUUGGACAUCUACUAAACAGUAUGACGAAAAGUUCAUCAUACAUCAAUAACUCCCUUCUUUUUUUUAUAUAUAUAUAUAAUAUACAUACUCCUUUUAAAACAUAAUUUAACUCCCCAUCUCGGAUUAAACAACAUCUCC